GGAAGGACUUGGCAUUUGCUUUGUAUGCACUGUUUGUCUGUCUCUCUCUUCGAUAUCGUCCAUCAUUCUACACCGUACCGACUUUUCUAUAUCUACGUCGAUAUCUACAUCUACCUUGAAGUGUCUAUCUGUCUAUUUGUCUGACCUUCCCCCAGACUCCCGAAGUCUCGAGCCUCUGCAAGACCACGUCAUGGCUCCUCUUCACCACCGCCAACCUUGACCAUCUUGAAACGGAAGUCUUCCGUCUCUCUUCAGAAUUCCAGGUCUUCAACCGAACUCCUCCAAAUCCUCCACCAAUAUUCGUUCUCCCUAAUCCCCCGACGAUCCGCCAUGUCCCACUCCAAACUCCGGAUAAAUUCCAACUUGGUAUCCUCCCUCCGAGAUGGUCGUCUCAGGUUGAAUGGCUUGAUUCAGUUGAUCCACCAUUCACGCGGCCCACCAGUGCCCCAUCCAGGCACCGGAAAUUGAAUUAAGCUUCCUCGCGGCGUGCGGUGGCUGUCACUGGCUCCGAACAACGGUUCCUUUUAGCCUUUUUAGCCUGCAGACCAAUCCGUUCGAGAUGUUUCUGGUUGAUGGGGUGUGUCAGGUCCCGUGGUCCUGACGAUUCAGGAUUUCCGAUCAGGAGAGUUCGGGGGAGGACGCGGAGCUAUAAGAAUGGCCCUCAUCUCGCCCUCUGUCGGUUGAAUUCCUUCUCAGGCUCCAAAGAAAUUUCUCAAGGAACUCUUCCCACCGGUCAAUUCCAUCUCUUCCGUUUCAUCUCCGUCACAAUGAAGUUCCUCGCCGCUCUUGCCCUCGGCUCUCUCGCCUCCGCCAGCUCCGUCACCCGCCGUGACGACUUCUGCGGUCAAUGGGACACCGUGGAGUCGGGUGAUUUCACCCUGUACAACAACCUCUGGGGCUCCGGCAACGCCGACAGCGGCUCGCAGUGCACCGGUCUCGACUCGGGCUCCGGCAACGAGAUCGCCUGGCACACCAGCUGGUCGUGGACCGGCGGCCAGGGUCAGGUCAAGAGCUUUGCCAACGCUGCCUACUCCUUCACGGCCAAGCAGCUGAGCAGCCUCAGCAGCAUCCCCACCAACUUCAACUGGAAGUACACCUCGGGAUCGGACAUUGUGGCUGACGUUGCCUACGACCUGUUCACCUCGUCCACUGCUGAUGGCGACGAGGAGUACGAGAUCAUGAUCUGGUUGGCCGCCCUUGGUGGCGCCGGACCUAUCUCGUCGACCGGAUCGGCCAUUGCCAAACCCACGGUCGCUGGAACCACCUGGGACCUCUACCUGGGCCCCAACGGCCAGAUGCAGGUGUACAGCUUCGUCGCCUCGUCCAGCGUUGAGAACUUCGAGGCCGACCUGGUCGACUUCCUGAAGUACCUGCAGGAGAGCCAGAACCUGCCCUCCAACCAGUUCCUCACCCACAUCCAGGCGGGUACCGAGCCCUUCUCCGGCAGCGACGCGAAGAUGAGCGUCUCCUCCUUCAAGGUGUCGAUUGCCUAAACGCCCAUAGUUUGGAAUGGAAUGUGAAUGAAGAGGGGGUGUUUCUUUUUUUAGUUUGAGGAGGAAGAGGGGAGAGGG